AUUCGUUAAGUCGGUAUAAACUAGGUAAUAAUUUCAAGCACAGAUUAUAUUAAAUAAAAGCAUAUAUUAAAUAUUUAAAAAGAAAAUAAUGACACUAAACUUUUGGACAAAGAAUAAUUCUAAUUUUAUAAACAUUUACGGAUGAUAUAUAUCUAAUAUUUAUUUAACGUAAAUAAAACAUGAAUAUUUAAUUUUAAAAAUCAAUAAACGACAUCAGCUGAGUGUCAAAAUUUAAUGUGACAUUUAAUGACUAAAUAUGUAUAUAUUGAUGCGAUUUUAAGUUUUUCGAAAUCCUUACAAUUAGGUUAAUUAUAAGUUAAUAACUUUUAUAUAAUUUUUUUCAGUUGCCCAUAGUAUAUUAGAUUUAUAAUAGAAAAUCUAUGUAAAUAGCUUAAUAUUAAAAUAAAGCUUUUUGACAACAGUUCACUACCAUAAUAAACAAUGAGCAGUACUGAGUACGUCCAAAUAAAAGAUUUGAAACCGGGUAUGAAAAACAUAAACGCAAUCUUCAUAGUGUUGGAGGUGGGACUGCCGACGCUGACGAAGGAGGCGCGCGAGGUGCGCACGUUGCGCGUGGCGGAUGCUUCGGCCUCCGUCAACUUGUCAGUUUGGGACGAACCCGGCGCUCUGUUGCAGCCAGGAGACAUCGUGCGCCUCACGCGUGGCUACGCUUCGCUUUGGCGUUCUGCACUCACCUUGUACUCGGGAAAAUCUGGCGACAUACAAAAAGUGGGUGAAUUCUGUAUGCUGUUCAACGAACAAGUGAACAUGAGCGAACCUCAGCCGACGCCACCGCCCGCUGCGAACGCACCACCCCCUGAUCGUACCAAUGGCGCGCAUGCCCCCGCCCGCAACAUGGCCCAAUCCCAAACAUCAACACCCGGCACUCAGCAGAUGCAGUCGAAGAAUGAACGGUUUUCACAGAACAAUCAGGAGCACAAUAGCAAACAUCAGCACAAGACAUAUGUUAGAGGAAGAGGACACCAGCGCGGCAACAACAGGAGAUAACACACUUUAUGUAGAUUAGAAAACAAAUUCCCAUUUAAUGUAAGCUUGAAUCAUUGUUUUGCUGUGACUGAAAUGCUAUGAGAACAAAGCGGCCAAAUAUGAUACAUAUUAAAACAGUUGCUCACAA